CUGAUCCGAUUCCAGCCUAAACGGGGAGAAAACUCGUCGCUCGGUGGUUUCAGUGUGAGAUCGGACCUCUACAGGGGUGAUGGCAAGACCAAGCCACAGUGAGCAUGUCCUGCAGCAGCUCAACAACCAGCGGGAAUGGGGCUUCCUGUGCGACUGCUGCAUCGCCAUAGGUGACAUUUACUUCAGGGCCCACAAAGCUGUCCUGGCAGCCUGCAGCUCCUAUUUCAGGAUGAUGUUCAUUAGAGACCAGCAAGGGACGGGACGCCUCGACCUCAGCAACAUGCAGAUCAGCGCCGAGUGCUUCGACCUGAUCCUGCAGCUCAUGUACCUCGGCCGCAUCGUUGUGGGUCACUAUGAGUUCGAAGAGCUGAAAUCAUCUAUGGCUUACCUGCAGAUGUACUAUAUCCCUGACUCACUGGAGGAUCUGCGAGACAUCCGAGCAUCCAACCUUACACCUUCGUCUUCUGCUUCGUCUUCAUCUAGCUCCUCAUCUUCCUCAGUUGGGGGAAAGAUGAUGUUCGGUGUUCGAAUGUUUGAGCAGCAAAGGCCGAGUCCUGCAAACAGUGAGCUUGUGCCCAAGAUUGCAAACCCUCCUGCUCGACAGAACGUUACCAUACCUCCGGUAAGACCCAUCGAGGAAGUGGUCCUGCCCCUUGCCCCAGCCACUUCAGAGAAUUUGGUGGACCAGCCAUGUGACCUGAGAAAGAGGACCUCUGGCCGAGGCGCGUCCUUAAAGGAGCGACCCCGGUUCGGCCGCACGUACACAUGUGACGACUGUGGAUUUGUCUUCAGCUGCGAGAAGCUUCUUAUCGAGCAUAUAUUAACGUGCACCAACCGUAAGGCAUUCCAGACACCCAAAGUCGGCAUGGCGGUGGACAGUGACUCCAGCAAAGCUGAGAGUUCAACCUCAGAGGGCACAGGAGAACAGAGAGCGAUUUUCAAGGGUGAAGAAGACUGGCCCGACCACAAGUCUGAAACAGAAGCAAUCAACAGGUCCACGGCCACUGGAAUGGACAACGAACCUUCCCUGUCCACCAACGUCAAGAUCAAAGUUGAGCCAGAAGAGGACUCGGACACAGAGAUGGAAAGCAUCAAGUUAAUCAAGGUUGGAAAUCAUAGCGUAGGAAGCUGCACCGUGCGCCGUGGGACGUUCAGAGACCAUAUGAGAUUUGACAACGAGGAAGAAGCCGGAGUUUCUGGCAUGGAUGAGAGUAACAGAGCUCUGGAGGGCCACAGUAAGGAGUUGGACCCAGAAGCGAGGGUGCACGGGGUCAAGGACGAGAACCAGAACGCAGAGUGCAACCCUUGUGAAUUGUGUGGCACCUUGCUCACAGAGGAGAACCAAUCUGCUCAUUACAUCUCCAACCAUAUGGGACACAUAUGUGCAUGUGGAAGGUGUGGCCAGGUGUUAAUUAAAGGCAGGCAGCUUCAGGAGCACGCCGAACGUUGCGGCGAGUCUCAGUGUGCCGAAACCGAUUCCCUGGGUGAAGAAUCCCCUUUGCCUGAGGAAGGCCAGGCCAUGGACGAAGGUGCUGACUUGGGCUUCCGCUGUCCUUUAUGUGGCUUAAUAUUCGAGACCGAGAGCCUGGCUGUGGAACACACUCUGGCCUGUCCUGAACAGGACAACUUUAGGCCGGCCACGAUAGAGGACGGUGGCGAGCCUGACCAUCGGCGCAAGCACUUCUGCUCCAUCUGUGGGAAAGGUUUCUACCAGCGGUGCCACCUCAGAGAGCACUACACCGUCCACACCAAGGAAAAGCAGUUCACCUGCCAAACCUGCGGGAAGCGAUUCCUGCGUGAGCGUCAGCUCCGACUGCACACCGACAUGCACAAGGGGAUGGCCCGCUACGUGUGCCCCGUGUGCGAGCAGGGCACCUUCCUGAAGCACGACCACGUUCGCCAUAUGAUCUCCCACCUGUCUGCCGGGGAGACCAUCUGCCAGGUGUGCUUUCAGAUCUUCCCCAGCGGGGAGGAUCUGGAGAAGCACAUGGACGUUCACUUGUAUAUCUGUGGGGUGUGUGGGGAGAAGUUUCGCCUUCGCAAAGACAUGCGGAGCCACUACAAUCUGAAGCACACCAAGAGGCAGUGAGAGGCACCACAGGCGAUUUUGAAAUAAGCCAUUUAAUAAAUGUGAGAGCAAAUCUAUGCACUUAGACACCAAAUAACCUAGAAACUGCACUUUUAAUGAUAUACAUAAUCCAGGUCAUGUGGAAUUCAGUGCCUCAAACUUAUGACAUACCUUGUCAUUUGUUAAAUCUCAGUUAUCGUACUCUAUAUAUGUACUUAUUUCACACACAGAGUAAGAAAAGUUUGUGAACCAUUUGGAAUGACCAGAAUUUCUUCAUUGAUUAUCAUAUAUAACAUACUGUACAUAUUUAACAGAUACAACACAAGCAAUUGAGGGUUAAGUUCUUGCUCAGGGUUCCCACCGAAGGCGGUGGUACAGCUUAAACCAGCAACCUUCAGAUCAGUAGGUCAGUACCCUAAGCGCUGAUCUACCACUCCCCACAAACAACCGUGUACCUUUCAUGUUUUGAUAAACCACAUUCAUUAUUUACAGUCCAGGCAUGGUACAGUAUUUGCAGGACACUCACUCACUGGAGGAGUAUUAAAAGUACAUUUUAUUAACACUAUGGUAAUUCUUCAAUUAAAGUCAUUUUAGUGUGGAUUGAUGAACACUUAGAUAAUAAGUGAAAGAGUUUGAAAAAGUUGAGCAUGGUUCACAUUUUAAAGAUCAGAUGCACCUCUACGACCUUAUGCUCCAAUCUCUGUAUUCAUGCUUCCUCUCCACCAAUGCCGAUCCCCGCUCUGAUUGAGGAGAACGAAGCCAACCCACACCCCCUCCGACACGUGGGCAUCAGCCGUAUGCAUCUUGUCACCUACACUUUGACGAGUGCAAUGCGGAUCAGCACUGUGUACGGAGAGACACACUCUAAUCAGCGCACUCUUUCCUCGUCUCUAUGCAGGCGCCAUCAAUCAGCCAGCAGAGGUCGUAACUGCAUUAGUUGUUCAUGUGGCCGCUCAGCCCAGCCGGCAGGCAGAACUGAGACUCGAUACGAUGUAUGCAAGAUCCCAGCUCUGGUGUUCUAGCGUGUGUUUUUACCGCUGCGCCACCUGAGCGGCAUGACCUUUAGUUAUUAAACUACAGAUUCAUACAUUGUCCAACACAACAUGGACUGUGAAUAAUUAAUCAAUGUGUUUCUGUUAGAACUGUACUGUAUAGAAAUUAAAGCCAGAUUUUAUGUAACAUACAGAACUUCACUCAGUUCCAAACGGUUUACAAACUUUCUUGUAGCUGUGUAUUUUCAAAUAUUUGAUGAAACAGUCAAGGGUCCUUAUGUGAACCUGCUUAUAAAUGUUUGGUAGUAGCAGGGUUCAUAUACAGUACGUCCCCAAUAAGGACCUUGUUGGUGCUUUAUACAGAAUGUUCUGUUACAUUAAUAAUGUAAAAGAUAGCGGCCCUGACAGACUCUUUAUUAGUUGUACCCUUUCAUGAAUGAUAUAACCUUGGUUUAGAGUAAAAAGACUGCGUAGCAUUAAGAUUUUAGAGCAAAACACUAAAUGAUUACAUUGAAUAGAGUUCUGAAACACUCCUCCGUUGACUCCUGAGGCUAUUUUAAUGUUUCUCAUUAGUCUGACGUUUCUUCAACGUAAUCUGGGGUUUCAUGUAAUAUAGUUAAACUAUGCAAGUUAAGCUUAUUAAUAAUGAAUCGACUAUAUUAAAAUUGCUGUCAUGUCUUUAGAGUUGAGCUACUGGUUUUCUGUUUAAAAAGCAUGAGUGAUUCUUUUUUCUUUUUUAUAAUUCCCAGUGGAGGGUUUACCAUUUAUGGGUUCAAUUAUUUUACACUGCUGUGGUUAUCUAAGGGUAACGGGUGAAUAAAGUCCUGUGUAAAAAUCCUGGUUCUUUAGUGUACAGAAGUGUGUGUGUGUGUUUGUGUGUGUGUUUGUGUGUGUGUUUGUGUUUGUGUGUGUGUUUGUGUGUUUGUGAAUAUACACUGAUCAGCCAUAACAAUAAAACCACCUCCUUGUUUCUACACUCACUGUCCAUUUUAUCAGCUUCACUUACCAUAUAGAAGCACUUUGUAGUUCUACAAUUACUGACUGUAGUCCAUCUGUUUCUUUACAUGCUUUGUUAGCCCCCUUUCACCACAGAGCAGGUAUUAUUUAGGUGGUGGAUCAUUCUCAGCACUACAGCGUCCUGUGACCACUGAUGAAGGUCUAGAAGAUGACCGACUCAAACAGCAGCAAUAGAUGAGCGAUCGUCUCUGACUUUACAUCUACAAGGUGGACCAACUAGG